AUGGGUGAGGCAUUGGAAACUCAGACGGCUCCUGUCGGUAGCAGCGAGGCCGAGGAAUGGUAUCUUCCUGAUAAGAUGCUUGCCAGACACCCUGGCAAGCCUCACAUUGCUGGCCUUGAUGAGUAUCGUCAGAUGCACCAGCUAUCCAUCCAGGAUCCUGAUACCUUUUGGGGACAACAGGCUCGGGAGCUGCUGGCCUGGGAGACUGAUUUCCACACCGUCCAGCAUGGAUCCUUGCCCGAGGGCAACGUUGGCUGGUUCCUUGGAGGCAAGCUCAACGCUUCCUUCAACUGCGUGGAUCGUCAUGCCCUCAAAGACCCCAAGAAGGUUGCCAUCAUUCAUGAAACUGAUGAUGGACAUGGCGGGCACUCGGUGACUUAUGGAGAGUUGCUGAAGCAGGUGAGCAAGGUCUCUUGGGUUCUCAAGGACCUGGGUGUGCGAAAGGGCGACACUGUCGCUAUCUACAUGCCCAUGGUCCCUGAGGCGCUGGUUGCCAUCCUUGCUUGUGCCCGCAUUGGCGCUGUUCACUCCGUCGUCUUCGCUGGCUUCUCUGCCGGGUCUCUUCGAGAUCGUAUCACCGACGCCAAGAGCAAGGUGGUCAUCACUGCUGACGAAAGUCAGCGAGGCGGCAAGACUAUCGGUAUCAAGAAGAUUGUCGACGAGGCUCUGAGCCCCCUCGAGGGUGUCCAGACUUUGGUCUUCAAGCGGACUGGUGCCGAAGUUGGCUGGGUUCCUGGCCGAGACCACUGGUGGCAUGAAGAAGUCAAGAAGUGGCCCAGUUAUAUCCCUCCCGUCUCCAUGGAUGCAGAGGAUCCCCUUUUCCUCCUGUAUACAUCUGGAUCUACGGGUAAGCCAAAGGGUAUCCUGCAUACUACCGGCGGCUAUCUCGUAGGAGCUGCAGCCACUGGCAAGUACGUGUUUGACAUUCACGGAGAUGACCGUUAUUUCUGUGCUGGCGAUGUCGGAUGGAUUACGGGCCACACUUAUGUUGUUUAUGCCCCUCUGCUCCUGGGCGUGUCCACCGUCGUUUUCGAGGGCACACCCACAUAUCCUUCCAUCAACCGGUACUGGGACAUUAUCGCCAACCAUAAGAUUACGCACUUCUACGUUGCGCCCACCGCUCUCCGACUGCUCAAGAGAGCUGGAUCGGAUCCCGUCAACCACGACACCAGCAGUCUCCGUGUCCUUGGUUCAGUCGGAGAGCCUAUCGCCCCUGAGAUUUGGAAGUGGUACUUCGAUACGAUUGGCAAGGGCGAAUGCCACGUUGUUGAUACAUACUGGCAAACUGAAACCGGAUCUCAUGCCGUCACGCCCCUCGCUGGCGUGACGCCUACCAAGCCUGGAUCUGCUUGCUUGCCCUUCUUUGGUAUUGAUACUGUCUUGAUCGACCCUGUUUCUGGUGAGGAAAUCCACGGAAAUGGAGUCGAGGGCGUGCUUGCUUUCAAGUCUUCUUGGCCUAGCAUGGCUCGAACAGUGUACGGUGAUCACCAAAGAUUCCAGGAAACAUACCUGGACGUUUACAAGGGAUACUAUUUCACUGGUGACGGUGCCAGCCGUGAUCAGGAUGGCUUUUACUGGAUCCGCGGCCGUGUUGACGAUGUUAUCAACGUUAGUGGUCAUCGAUUAUCCACGGCCGAGAUCGAAGCUGCUAUGGUUGAGCAUCCCGCGGUCGCUGAGUCUGCCGUCGUGGGCAUCGCUGACGAGCUCACUGGCCAGUCUGUGGUGGCCUUUGUUUGCCUCAAGGAGGCUUUUAGGGCGAACGAAGACGCCGUUCACCUCGAGCUCAGGCUGCAAGUUAGGAAGAACAUUGGUCCCUUUGCAGCGCCUAAGAACAUCUUUGUGGUGACUGACCUCCCCAAGACUCGAUCUGGAAAGAUCAUGCGUCGUGUUCUACGCAAGGUGGUCAUGGGCGAGCAGGAUCAGCUUGGAGAUGUGACUACCUUGUCGGAUCCCUCCGUUGUUGGAAAGAUCAUCGAUGUUGUGCACAAGGGGGAGUAG